AUGCUUCAAGGAUCCCCAUCCUGUGUUUGGUGUCAGUCUGGCAGUACCCUCAGAGCCUCUGGGUUUUGCUGUGUCUGCAGAAAGCACCUCCAGGAGAUCCCAUCCUCUAGCACUAAUAUUUCCACCAGCUUGGAAUGGGACCCCGGCAAGACUUCGGAGCUUCUCUCGGGGAUGGGAGUGUCGGUCCUUAAGAAAGACAAGCUGGGUAAUGAAAACACACCACAGGACCUGCUGAUGUCGUCGUCCUACCUUCCUCCAAAACGGCAGAAAGUGAAGGACAACGAAAAGGACUUUGUUAUCGUGCGCCGGCCAUGGCUGCUCCGAGAGGCAGAGUCAGGUAUUUCUUUGGAUGCACUUCCAGAUGAGCUGCUUUUGGCAAUCUUUGCGUAUUUGCCCUUAAAGGAUUUGCUGAAAGUUUCUAUGAUUUGCAAGAGAUGGCAUCGACUUUCGUUUGAUGAAUCUCUCUGGCAGACUCUUGAUUUGACUGGUGGGAAUCUGCUGCCAGGAGUGCUUGGACAGUUGCUGCCUGCAGGUGUUACUGUCUUCCGCUGCCCAAGAUCUUGCAUUGGGGAUCCAUUGUUUAAAACAAGCAAUCUUCUUAAAAUUCAGCACCUGGAUUUGUCAAACUGCACAGUGUCUGCUGCAGAUCUCCACAGUAUUCUUUGUCUAUGUGAAAAGCUGCAGAACCUCAGUUUGGAGGGUCUAGUGCUUUCUGACAACAUCAUCAAGAGCAUUGCUAGAAAUCCCAAUUUGAUACGACUCAAUCUCUGCGGGUGCUCAGGGUUUUCUGCUGAAGCCUUGGAGCUGAUGUUGAGCAGCUGUUCCAUGCUAGAGGAGCUGAACUUGUCCUGGUGUGAAUUCACAGCCUCUCAUGUCAAAGCAGCAGUCAGUCAUGUUACUUCAAAAGUCACACAGUUAAAUUUAAGUGGAUACAGAGAGAAUCUACAAAUAGCAGAUGUGAAAACGCUGGUGGAGAGAUGUCCUUUGCUUGUCCAUUUAGAUCUCAGUGACAGCAUGAUGUUAAAGCCUGAGUGCUUCCAGUAUUUUAAACAACUUCUGUUCCUACAACACCUGUGUCUUAGCCGAUGUUAUCAGAUAUCACCUGCUGCCUUAGUAGAGCUAGGUGAAAUUCGAACACUGAAGACUCUUCAGGUAUUUGGAAUAGUGACUGAUAGCUCCCUGCAGCUCCUCGAGGAAGCACUGCCUGACAUGAAGAUCAAUGGUUCACACUUCACCAGCAUUGCAAGGCCAACUGUUGGCAAUAAAAAGAGCCAUGAGAUUUGGGGCAUCAAAUGCAGAUUGACACUGAGAAAUCCUAGUUUCUUAUGAUAAUGUACAAUGCACCGGAUGCCAUGGACACGCUGUGCAUUGAAGCUCCUUAGGAAAAAAAAGUGCUGGAGCACCUUUUGUCAUAGUACUGUUACUGCCUAACUUGGUCUUACACCCUAAUGUUGUUUCAUAAUAUUUUAUAUCUGUUUUUUGUAUGUAAAGACUUUAGAAAUUUGAUGAUCUGUGAGCAAUUACAGAAUAUUUCUCUCAGUCUUUUUUUUUUUAGAGGGGAUCUCUGAAAAAAAUAUUAUGAAACAAACCACCGUAAUUAAGUAAUACCAGCCUCUAGCAAUUGUCUGCAGCUUCUGGAACAGCUUGCAGAGGUGCCAUUUGUCUUUAUAAGGUUGAUUAAGGAAUUUGCAGAAUUCAAAAUGAAUUCUUAGGUAUUAAAUCUAUUCAACUAUAUAACUGAGGAAAAGGUAAAGUAGGGUGACUGAAUUAAACUUGAAAAAAGUAAAUUGGGGAUAUCUACACACAAGCAGCUAAGCAGCAUAAAGGAGCUAUAGUAAAGUUUUUAUUUAGGAGGCCAGAAAGGAAACUUCUGUCUUUAGUAGCCUUCAUUGUUAGCCAAAUACAGUCUGAAAAGCCCAUUCAGAAUUAUUUCAUGUUGUGGUCCUAGGUUUUCUGAUUACAUAUUACAGAAACUUAAUGUAGCUUCUGUGAGCGUGAUCACAGAUAUGAUCUUUCAACUGCAACUGAUAGACUGGUAGAAGUUUUGCAGGAGGAGGGCUCAAAGAGUUCUAGAUAUGACCAAAAACCAGAACCUGGGACUGCUGUGUAAGGGAGAGAUGCUUUGGUGCUAUCAAGAGACAUUAAUUUCUCUUUUAUAUUAGUUUGUAGUAGCACUUCACUUCCUGUAUUUGUAUCACUAACCACUAUUGUCUAGUGUUGAUUUUUUUGUUUUUUUUUUUAAGUCAUGGGAGAAGCUGAGUAACUGUCCAUAAAGAAAAAAAAAAGCCAAAUAAAGGAUAGGGACAGGUAAUGACUUUAAAUGAAUCUUUCAUUUGCAUCUGUUAUCAGGGUCCUCAUGUAUAAACCUAGAAUGUUCCAGCAGGUGUUUAAGCUGAUUAUUCCUAGGGCAAAACUUGGACCCUCUAUAGGACAUAAACAUGCUGCUGUUUUCCCCCUGAAUGCAGUAAGCAAGCAGCUGAAUUUAUUAAUGGAUGUUUUUAAGAGCAGCCAACAUAUUACUGUAGGCCUUUGCAUAGAUAUAGCUUUUCCCAUUGCAGUCUCAAGACAGCAUUCAGGAAUGAAUAUCUGAUAGUGGAGAACAGAUUAAUUACUGUGGAAAGAUUGUAUAAGUACUAGAAUUUGAUAUUCAACUUGACUUUGUAGAACAUAGUAAAUAAAGCAUUA